AUGACGCUUCACUCGCGGCGCCAGCGCAGUACCCCUUUUCUCCAGAGGAACAUCUUGCAAGGCAUGGGAAACACCCAGUCUUCGGCUUCCAAGGCCGCUGCUUCCGGAGAUGUUCCCAGCGGCCAUCAUGAGGUCCGCCCCAACAAGCGCCGCCGCAUCGACGCCGAUCAUCAACUCGCCGACCAAAUAUUCCAAGCUCGAGAUGUUGGUGACCUGCAGCGCAAUCUACGCGUCCAGGUCAACAGGAUAUUCCACAGGACUUCCAAAAGGAUCUCGGUCGCUCCUUGCGACGAUGUCGUGAAUCUCAAAGCUCGGUGCAAGGUUUCGCUGUCGCAUGUCACCAAAGCUGGUGAAGUCCUGUUGUACUGCAACAGCCAGCUGUGCGAUAUCAGGUCCUUCAAGGACCCUGGCGGCCCAUAUCGGAUGGCGCGCAUCUGCCUGCAACGCCCAUUCUACAUCCCCGAGGAUAGCAUGCGCAUCAACCGCGACGACAACGGCUCCUUCGACCUGGCUGAUUCCUAUCGUCUCUGCGUUGAGCUCGAAGCCGCCGGCCCAACCUUCUGGCCACCAAUCAUCAUCAACCCUUCUGGCGAAGAUACAAGCCCCACCGAAGCCAUACACUGGGUGCUCGCUGCCGCCUCGUCAGAUUUGUUCACACGGAGGAAGGCGCUCCUUAACCUCAAAGUCAAGAAGACGCCGCAAUCCAUUGGGCCGACAGAGCAUGUCCUUGAUAUUGACGCGCAGUGGACCACUGCUUUCGAGGCAGGCCAAAUCCGUGCUGUGGAAGCGGGUACAGAACCCUCAAUUACCGUAUCAGGUAUGCUGGCCGCCCAGGAUUCUCUUCUCAACGAUUAUGGUCAGGAGCCAUUAUACGAAAGCCCGCCCGGAACGCCAGUCAAGGCUCCCAGAAACGGCGCGGUAAAUGGGGAUGUUCACGUGGACGAGGAGCUCGAAGAAGAACUCACACCCAACCGGUCGCUGAGAGUGCGCGGCGCCACGAAAAAUUACAACCUGAAAGUCCUCAGUGACAAGGCCCAGGGAAGGGACAAGAAACGGAAGAAACGCGGCGCUGCGAAUGCCGUUGAAGAGGGAACGGUUACCUAUCACCUGCCCAGCGAGAAAGUCAGUCUGGAUUCAUUCCGCUGCAUAACGUGCGGCAUGCCACAUGGCUCUCUCCCUCAGCUGCAGGUUCAUCUCAUCAGUCUACACGACCAGUAUGAGUUUCGGCCACAGUCCCGUGCGAAAGGUGCCGAGUUUGAGGUAGCGCACCGCUACGAGACCUACACGUUUGGACCGGAGCCAUUCGCGCUCAGGAGGCCUACGAAAGCAUUCGAUCUAGAUCAGUUCGCAGAAGGCAACAUAUCUUUUUUAACGGCACGUUUUGGUACCGAAGACCAGAAUACACCAGGACCCCAACCACCGGGUCGCGGCAGCAAACCGCCCGCCAAACCCGCGCAGACACGCUCGAAAGUGCUUUUGCCGGAUAUUGGACAGACACUCUACGACCCCAUCACCAGGGCUACAUUACAACCAGGCACCGAAUACCAGAAGCCACUUGCUAGCGACAAUUGGCUCAUUCAGUGGCAUCGUGAUGCUCUAGCGGACUUCUCCGAUGUCCCACCAGACGAAAGAGAAUACAUGCAGGAAUGGGACAAGUUCAUGCUCACCAAGCGCCUCUCGUCCAGUAUAUACUUCCCCGCGGCGUGGUUGAGCUUCGUGAGGGUCAAAUCAGACUGGCUCCUCUCUUCGCCCUCUCGCAUGACCGAGUUUGGCAAACACUUCACAUACCUGUUGGCGAGAAGCAGUCUUGACCACGGUACCGUAGUCGAGGCCCUCGACCACAUUGCAACCCGUAAGACGAAGCUCGGCAUCAAGAACGGCGAGUAUCCGACGUUGGUUCCCAAGGGAUCACCUCAGGGGCCUCACAUCCGCAAGAGCGCCGGUGGCUGCUUGGUGUGUGGGCUGACCGUUCUGGGACCGAGGCUUCUCCUGUGUACCAACCUGGAAUGCUCAAAACGGCUCUAUCACUCGGACUGCAUCAGCGAGAACGCAAAGAUGAGCGUCGAAGACCCGGACUGGGUCUGCAAUGAGUGCUUUGACAGGCAAGCGGCAGAGCAGACGUAA